AUGGAUCAAAAUACGUGUGAUUUAAAGUGUCCUCGUCAUGACGUAAAAUUGUUACCGAUAUAUUGUGAGGAUUGUGAAUGUCCAGUUUGUAGCAAAUGUCUGACAACUUCACACUUAAAUCACAACGUAUGUGACGCAAAUGAUUAUGUCGAGAAGCAAUGGGAUGCAUUAAUGGCCGCCAUGAAUGGAGAAGGUUCAAUGCUUGAAGAACUAAGAUCUCACCUAGUAAGUCAACGUAAGAUUUUAGAAGAAAGUAAAACUAAACUCUUCGAUGAAAUCAGUGUUAGAGAAGAGAAUAUUAUUUCUGUGGUGAGAGAAGUUGGCAAACACUACAAAAGCAUUGUAUCUGAUGCGGUUGUGGAAUUGAAAAAAAACAUUCAAAAGAAUGAGAAAACACUGGAAAAUAUUUCAAACAAUCCGAAACUUAAAACAGAAUCAGAAAUAGACUGUAUCAAACUUUUGCAGCGAUAUGGUGAUCUACGGAGGCUUCAAGGGGAAAUGAAAAAUCACCAAGAUCCACUGAACUUUACAUUUGUAACAGGGAAAAGUAUAAGUAGAAUAAGCAUAGAAGAGCUAUUUGGGAAUUUUAAUGGGGAGAUAAGCCAUAUUGAUGGAUCUGAUGAAGACAGACAAAUUGGAAAAAGUCACCUCUUGAUGGCAAAAAUGUUCAGAAUAUACUUGCUUGUAAUAGAACAAAAGAGAAUGAAGAAAACAAGACGAUACUGCAUGAGUUUACCUUUACUGUUGUGA